AUGAACACCGAAUCAGAGCUGGACACCGAAUCAGGUGGGUCUGCGUUGUCUUUAGAGCUGGACACCGAAUCAGGUGGGUCAUCACCAUUUCCUCCGCUAGACACCGAAUCAGGUGGGUCUUCUCCAUUUCCUCCUUUGAACACCGAAUCAGGUGGGUCUUCUCCAUUUUCUCCUGUAGAGAAUCAGAUGGGUCUUCUCCAUUUCCUCCUCAGUGUGGAUCCUGAUACAUACCUGCACUACAAUGGAACCAGAACGACUCCUGACCUGCCCAUGGCUUCAAGCGACAUCAGCGAGCAUGCACACCUCAAAAUAAUUGACGAUCCUGGUUCUGGUCACAAACCAGUCAUUGAACUUAUUUACAGCAGUGUGGAUCCUGAUACAUACCUGCACUACAAUGGAACCAGAACGACUCCUGACCUGCCCAUGGCUUCAAGCGACAUCAGCGAGCAUGCACACCUCAAAAUAAUUGACGAUCCUGGUUCUGGUCACAAACCAGUCAUUGGUAGUAUUACCAUCGGCAAGAAUGAACUUCACACAAGUCCCCUCAACUUCAACCAACAUCCUGACAAACUUUGCACUGAUAUCAUGAAUAUUAUGAUCAGAUGUGCCAAGAAAACUAUUUCCCGUGGCAAGACUUAUCACUAUCGAGUGUUUUGGUCUGAAUACCUUGAGGAACUGAAAUGUGAACUGAAAAGAAAUCGCACGGAGGAACUGAAAAGAAAGUGGGACGCCCUUCGCAACACUGCUGAUCAGACUGGAAGAACGGAAGACGUACAAGCUUGGAGACGGCAGUCAGCUGUUCUAAGGCAAGCCAUCUUAAAAGCUAAACAACAGUUUCAGAAUAUAAGUCUUGGAAAAUGUCUAGUUCUAUUUGGACUGAGAAUUUCAAGAUCGCAAAUCUCUGAUCGUACCAUCUUCUAG